AUGAAGAGGUUCAAGAAAGCCCUUCAUCGCAUCCGAGCGAAUGCGUCGGCCACCCGCGAGCGCCUCCGAGGAAAGCUUGUAGCCAAGCGCGAGUCUAACAAAGUGACCGCUUCCGAAGUCCCGGCUUCCGAGGUCUGGGUUUCUGGGGUCUCGUAUCAAUCCGUCCAACCCGAGAAUGUAGGCUUGGGAACCCGUGGUCCAGGAGAUUCGGCUAUCCCGAAUGAGUCCAACCAAGUCGUGCACGUCGUCCCGACACCUAAGAAGACGUCGUACAUCUAUUCUGACAGCGCACUCUUCUACAUCAGCGACCAUGCUGGGGGAAAUUUCGUGGAAAGGCUCUGGUUGCAGUUUGGCAAAUGGGAAUCGUUUGAGAACAGGUUCCUUGCAGACAUGAGAACCUACCACCCGGACAUUACCGCCAAUAGACGAAGCUCGUGCCGACUCGAUUGGCUGCCGCUGGAGAUCCGCGCAAAGAUCUGGAAGUAUGUUUUUGACGACUGCAAUGAAGCAAUCAUUCUCGAGAACGAUGAUUUUAGCCCCAAGAUACCGAGUUCUAUGAGACUUUCGUCGUUCGAAUGGAUGUCCGAGACAUCGAUUGCAUACAUCAAUGCGCUGAGCAAUCGGACUCUGGUGGUGAUGGACUUUCCUAAGCACGCGUACCUUGGCCCACCAUGCCCAAUUUUCCGAGAGCUGAUGACGAACCGAAUUCGAGCCAUAAAGUUCGCGCUGGGUGACAACGACCGCAAGAAGGCAAGGAAGCGCGCUUACAAAUUUAUCUCGUUCAUGCUAAAGCACAGAGAUGAGGGAUUUAUGGCCGUUCGCACGGUGAUUGUCGAAUUGAGAAGGAAUUGGGAGAAUGAGUUCUUCUCCGAGUGGGAUCUCGCCUACUUCUUGGCUUGUGGCGCAUUCGUUGCAAUGGAAAGAAUUCGGAUCCAUGGACAUAUCGCAGAGGAGAAACUGAACCGUGUUCUGGACCGAGCCCGAAUCCUAGCGCGCGCCCCGCAGAUUGCCCCAGACUCGCAGAUUGCCUCAGACUGGCAAGUUCCGGAAGACUGGCAGGUUCCGGAAGACUGGCAGGUUCCGGAAGCCUUGUUCUGA